GAAGAACUACGAACUGUGUUCACGACUGAGUUUGCUCACAAAGCAUACAUGCUUUUUUAUAGAUGUAUUGACACUGAAAUGAUGGAACAUAUACUUAAAAAUCACGAGCAUAUACAAGAGCUUUGUCACGAUUAUGAGCAAGGCAUAAAAGCGACCACUGUAAAUAAUGAUAAUGCGGAUAAGUAUAAUACUUCCGUGGAUUGUGAUGUGACAGAAAAUGUAGACUCAAUUGACAAAGGCGCUUGCAGUUUCGGGAAUAUAUCUGUGAUAGGAAACAGAUUUGAGAUACAAAAGGAUGAUACGAGAUCUCAAUCGUUGACAGAGACGAGUGUUAUCGCCAGUCGCGAAACAACUUGUCCGUCAUCCGCUGGUAGGCAAUUACGUGGUAAUUGGCUAGCCUAUUGGGAACAUGAAAUAGGGAGACCGGAGAAAGAUACAAUAUUUAACAUAAAGCAGAUAAAACUUCAGACUUUCAACGGACAUACAAACAGUAUAAGAUGUCUUUAUGUGUUAGAUAAUGAGAAUAGUUUUAUGAGUGGUGGUAGAGACAAAACUGUGAAGCUAUGGAGUUUACGAAGCCAGGGUGAUGGAACUACAGUUUCAUCGUGUCAAUAUACAUAUACCGGGCAUAAAAAAUCGAUUCUUUCGCUUACAUUCCUGGAAUCUUUGAGAUAUGCAGUAACAUGCGAUGGCGUGAUUCAUUGUUGGGAUCCUUUUAUGGGUUCGCUCCUGGGAUGUCCGGAAAGCAGUCGCCCUGUUCCUGUGAACACUUUAGCUUCGAGCCCUUCCCCAUCUACAACUCUUCUUGCGGGAACAACCGACAUUACUCUCAGAGUUAUUGAUUGUAGAACAUUCCAAUAUGUCAAUGAAAUGAAAAUUUCCAUGAAUCCGACUGGUUUAAUAAGAUGUAUCGCAGUGUCGCCCAGUGGUAACUGGGUUGCUUUAGGUCAAGCAUCAGGGUUUUUGACGAUACUCGAUACUCGCACUGGUCUGAUUAUCGCAUCUUGGAAGGGACAUGAAUGCGAGAUAUUGCAAUUAGAAGCGAUAAAUGAAACCACUAUAGUUAGUUCUUCUUUGGACCAAACUAUAGCUGUAUGGAGUGCAAUAGAUGGAAAACUUAAAUUUCAUAUGAAAGGCGCAACAGAACCUGUUCACUGCAUGGCAAUGCACGAACAGGCAUUAGUGAUAGGAACAACAGCAAAUCGAAUUGGUGUUUACACCGCUGUAGAAAUGACUGCUUCAUUAAGCUCAUCCAAGUUGAGAUCCGACGCUUUUAAAGGCAUUCUUACUGCCAUGGCUGUCCUUCCUCUUAAUCGAUUAUUAUUAUUAGGCGCUGACAAUGGUGGAAUAACACUACUGUGUUAAGAGCGCUGUUUACAUAGCAUAUGCUAAACAUCAUUAAAUAUAUUACUGGAGGAAGAAUAAAAAAGUAUAUUUAAUUUAA